AUGCCGGACCCCUGGGACCCUACUAGCCAUUUAUACGAUCAAGCCGACAAGCGCAGAAGCAGUAGCGAUAGCAGCAGCAACACGUCUCAAAGCCAGAGUGCAUGGGAUUGGCAGGGUCAGUGGCAGUUGGCGACGGGAAGUAACGACUAUUCUUCGAAAUCCGGACAAUAUGCCACGCAAAACAACAACGGAGAAGCUCAGGGAUCGAGCGGUGAUAUUGAGAGGAGAUGGCAACGCUGGUGA